AUGAAGUGGUCUCCCAUGCGUCCGUCUCUAGAUCACCGCUAUCUUUCACCCAAUGUUAUAUAUAGAGCCAAGUAUAGAGCCAAGUAUAGAACCAAGUAUAGAACCAAGUAUAGAACAAAGGACAGAGCCAACUAUAGAACCAAGGAUAGAGCCAGGUAUAGAACCAAGGAUAGAGCCAAGUAUAGAGCCAAGUAUAGAGCCAAGUAUAGAACCAAGGAUAGAACCAAGGACAGAGCCAACUAUAGAACCAAGGAUAGAGCCAAGUAUAGAACCAAGUAUAGAACCAAGUAUAGAACCAAGUAUAGAGCCAAGUAUAGAACCAAGUAUAGAACCAAGUAUAGAGCCAAGUAUAGAACCAAGUAUAGAACCAAGUAUAGAGCCAAGUAUAGAACCAAGUAUAGAACCAAGGAUAGAACCAAGUAUAGAACCAAGGAUAGAACCAAGUAUAGAACCAAGUAUAGAACCAAGUAUAGAGCCAAGUAUAGAGCCAAGUAUAGAACCAAGUAUAGAACCAAGGACAGAGCCAACUAUAGAACCAAGGAUAGAGCCAAGUAUAGAACCAAGGAUAGAGCCCAGUAUAGAGCCAAGUAUAGAACCAAGUAUAGAACCAAGGACAGAGCCAACUAUAGAACCAAGGAUAGAGCCAAGUAUAGAACCAAGUAUAGAACCAAGUAUAGAACCAAGUAUAGAGCCAAGUAUAGAACCAAGUAUAGAACCAAGUAUAGAGCCAAGUAUAGAACCAAGUAUAGAACCAAGGAUAGAACCAAGUAUAGAACCAAGGAUAGAACCAAGUAUAGAACCAAGUAUAGAACCAAGUAUAGAGCCAAGUAUAGAACCAAGUAUAGAAUCAAGUAUAGAGCCAAGUAUAGAACCAAGUAUAGAACCAAGUAUAGAGCCAAGUAUAGAGCCACGUAUAGAACCACGUAUAGAACCAAGUAUAGAGCCAAAACCAAGUAUAGAGCCAAGUAUAGAGCCAAGUAUAGAACCAAGUAUAGAACCAAGUAUAGAGCCAAGUAUAGAACCAAGUAUAGAACCAAGUAUAGAGCCAAGUAUAGAGCCAAGUAUAGAACCAAGUAUAGAACCAAGUAUAGAACCAAGUAUAGAAGCAAGUAUAGAGCCAAGUAUAGAAUCAAGUAUAGAACCAAGUAUAGAGCCAAGUAUAGAGCCAAGUAUAGAGCCAAUUAUAGAACCAAGGAUAGAGCCAAGUAUAGAACCAAGUAUAGAGCCAAGUAUGGAGCCAAAGAUAGAGCCAAGUAUAGAGCCAAUUAUAGAACCAAGUAUAGAACCAAGUAUAGAGCCAAGUAUAGAGCCAAGUAUAGAGCCAAGUAUAGAACCAAGUAUAGAGCCAAGUAUAGAACCAAGUAUAGAACCAAGUAUAGAACCAAGUAUAGAAUCAAGUAUAGAACCAAGUAUAGAGCCAAGUAUAGAGCCAAGUAUAGAGCCAAUUAUAGAACCAAGUAUAGAGCCAAGGAUAGAACCAAGGAUAGAGCCAAGUAUAGAACCAAGUAUAGAACCAAGUAUAGAGCCAAGUAUAGAACCAAGGAUAGAGCCAAGUAUAGAACCAAGGAUAGAGCCAAGUAUAGAGCCAAGUAUAGAAUCAAGUAUAGAACCAAGUAUAGAGCCAAGUAUAGAACCAAAGAUAGAGCCAAGUAUAGAGCCAAGGAUAGAACCAAGGAUAGAACCAAGGAUAGAGCCAAGUAUAGAACCAAGGAUAGAACCAAGUAUAGAACCAAGGAUAGAGCCAAGUAUAGAACCAAGGAUAGAGCCAAGUAUAGAGCCAAGUAUAGAAUCACGUAUAGAACCAAGUAUAGAGCCAAGUAUAGAACCAAAGAUAGAGCCAAGUAUAGAGCCAAGGAUAGAACCAAGGAUAGAACCAAGGAUAGAGCCAAGUAUAGAACCAAGUAUAGAGCCAAGUAUAGAACCAAAGAUAGAGCCAAGUAUAGAGCCAAGGAUAGAGCCAAGUAUAGAGCCAAGUAUAGAGCCAAUUAUAGAACCAAGUAUAGAGCCAAGGAUAGAACCAAGGAUAGAGCCAAGUAUAGAACCAAGUAUAGAACCAAGUAUAGAGCCAAGUAUAGAACCAAGGAUAGAGCCAAGUAUAGAACCAAGGAUAGAGCCAAGUAUAGAGCCAAGUAUAGAAUCAAGUAUAGAACCAAGUAUAGAGCCAAGUAUAGAACCAAAGAUAGAGCCAAGUAUAGAGCCAAGGAUAGAACCAAGGAUAGAACCAAGGAUAGAGCCAAGUAUAGAACCAAGGAUAGAACCAAGUAUAGAACCAAGGAUAGAGCCAAGUAUAGAACCAAGGAUAGAGCCAAGUAUAGAGCCAAGUAUAGAAUCAAGUAUAGAACCAAGUAUAGAGCCAAGUAUAGAACCAAAGAUAGAGCCAAGUAUAGAGCCAAGGAUAGAACCAAGGAUAGAACCAAGGAUAGAGCCAAGUAUAGAACCAGGUAUAGAGCCAAGUAUAGAACCAAAGAUAGAGCCAAGUAUAGAGCCAAGGAUAGAACCAAUGAUAGAGCCAAGUAUAGAACCAAGUAUAGAACCAAGUAUAGAGCCAAGUAUAGAGCCAAGUAUAGAACCAAGGAUAGAGCCAAGUAUAGAACCAAGGAUAGAGCCAAGUAUAGAGCCAAGUAUAGAAUCAAGUAUAGAACCAAGUAUAGAGCCAAGUAUAGAACCAAAGAUAGAGCCAAGUAUAGAGCCAAGGAUAGAACCAAGGAUAGAACCAAGGAUAGAGCCAAGUAUAGAACCAAGGAUAGAACCAAGUAUAGAACCAAGGAUAGAGCCAAGUAUAGAACCAAGGAUAGAGCCAAGUAUAGAGCCAAGUAUAGAAUCAAGUAUAGAACCAAGUAUAGAGCCAAGUAUAGAACCAAAGAUAGAGCCAAGUAUAGAGCCAAGGAUAGAACCAAGGAUAGAACCAAGGAUAGAGCCAAGUAUAGAACCAAGGAUAGAACCAAGGAUAGAGCCAAUUAUAGAACCAAUGAUAGAACUAAGGAUAGAACCAAGGAUAGAAACAAGGAUAAAACCAAGGAUAGAGCCAAGUAUAGAACCAAGGAUAGAACCAAGGAUAGAGCCAAGUAA